CCGUUUGGGCUCGAGACCGGCCCCCCCCCCUCGCCUCUGGGGCGCAGGCGGGCGGGGGGGGGCCAGGGCCGGUGCGGCCGAGCGCACGCCAGAUCGACGCAUCCCAGAUUGAGCCUGGGCAUGCCGCCGCGAAGUCAGAGGUCUCCGUGGAACCCACCAGAGGGCGCCCUGCAGCACGCAGAAGACGAGGAGGCGGCCGCGCAAUCCAGCGGCAACCGUGACGACGUGGAGGAGACGCGCCCACAGGUAGGCAUGGACAUGCAGGACACAUGCCCGGAGCUGGCCGACCAGGACCGGGCUGUCCCCUCGCCGAGCCAGGCUGGUUCUGACGCGUUGCUCGAGGACGGCGCCGGCCGAGAGGUGGUCUCGUCGGACGCCCGACGGGUGAUGGGUGCUGCCGCAACCGUAGCAUCGGCGGCCGGCAUGGCGCUUGCGGGGCCUGUGUCGGGCGCCGCUCUCGGCGCGGCCGCGAUGUAUGCCGCCACCAGAGAGGGCAGCACCGGCAAGGUCGCGCGCAAGGUGGGCUCCACCUUUCUCACCGUGACGGACCGCGCCGUGGACGCAGGUUUGCUUGCCGCGGACGCUGGAGCACAGAUGGUCGGCGCCGCGGUCGAGAAGGGUUGCCAGAAGAUCUCCAGGGAUGUGGACCUCGCGACGAUGCCCGCUCCAGUGCGACUGGGCGUGCGCGCCCUUCUCAGCAGUCAGGCGCAGCCGGUGCGGAGCCCGCAGGCCAGCUCGAAGGAGGCGGCGAACUAUCGGCAAAGGUACCCCGACCGGGUCCCAGUAAUUUGCGAGAGGUCGCCAUAUUCCACGGGGAUCCCAGAGAUGAAGAAGAAGAAAUUCAUAGUUCCAGGCAGCAUGCUUUGCGGCGAAUUCAAGUACAUUAUUCAUAAGAAUCUGUCCCAGGCCCUUGCCGGACACAGAGGCGCCGAGCAGACCAUUUACAUCUUUUUGAACGGCCUCGCCCCAAAGACAAGUGCGCCGAUGUCCGAGCUCUACGAGAGGUUCCGGGCAGACGACGGGUUCUUGUACAUAAAAUACGGCGCAGAGAGCACGCUGGGUUGA